CACAACUACCCCCACUUACUUUAUUUAUUACACCUCACCCACCUCAUUUAAUACACUCUACCCAUUUUUCAUUAAGGGUAUUAUGGUAAACUUUCACCUUUUUUCAACUCUCCUUAAAAAUCACCAAAAGUCAAAAUGAGAACAUCUUAGGGGGACGGAGGGAGUAUAAUUUUUCAUAAUUUAUUAUCAGAAUUCAGGGUUGACCAUAUACAUAUGAGAGCUGGUGACUUAUUUGUGUUUAAGUAAAUAGAAAAAAAAUGUUUAAAUAGAAAAAAAAAGAAAAAGAAUUUGCUAGAGUGGAAUCUUCUUCCAUACUUGGAAAGAAAGAUGGGAGCCUUAGGCAAUCUACCAGUAAUAGUACUCAUCCUGCUAUCUCUUCUUGCCACGUCAUUUUCCGAUGACGCCGCAUAUCCAUCCGGGUACGGCGACGAACCGGGUUCUUGUCUCGGAUCCAGCAACAACCCGACUCCUCCGGCUCCCCAUAGAAGGGAAGUGUACGGAGGCGGAGAGAUAUUCGACAUCACUCAUCCGUACACUCCGACCACGCCCUCCGGGAACUCCGACGCCGGCAUCGGCAAAUUCCUGAGUCUGCUGAUGAGCAUGAAGAACGGUUCCGAUUACAACCUGUCGGAGCUGCGGCUGUGUGUUCACGCCGGCACUCACGUCGAUGCGCCCGGACACAUGUACGAUGAUUACUUCGACCAAGGGUUUGAUGUUGAUUCUCUUGACCUCAGAAUCCUCAAUGGACCUGCACUGGUAGUUGAUGUUCCAAGAGACAAGAACAUAACUGCUGAAGUGAUGGAGGGCCUAAAUAUACCAAAGGGAGUGAAGAGAGUGCUUUUUAGAACACUAAACACAGACAGGCAUCUUAUGAAGAAGAAGGGAUUUGACACAAGCUUUGUGGGAUUCAUGAAGGAUGGAGCCCAAUGGCUUGUGGACAACACCGAUAUUAAACUCGUGGGAAUAGAUUACUUAUCUGUUGCGGCAUAUGAUGACUUGAUGACUUCCCAUCUAGUUUUUCAUAAAAACCGGGAAAUAAUACUGGUAGAAGGGCUGAAGCUGGAAGGGAUUGAGCUUGGGAUGUACACUGUUCAUUGCUUGCCCUUGAGGUUGGUGGGUGCUGAGGGGUCUCCCAUUAGAUGCAUCCUCAUCAACUAAAACCAAUACUUGUUUUUGUCUCUUGCCCAUUUCUGGUCUUUGAUUUCCCAAGAAAUGACCUCCCUACUUUCGAGUAUAGAAAAGGCCUGCUUGCACCCCCCCACCCCCACCCCCAAGAAAUAAUAACGGGUUGUUGUU